AUGCGUGAGCGCCUCCCCAGUCCAGGCCGUUCGGGAACGCCUGCGCUGCAGUCUACGCGUGGGCACGAUUCGCUGCAGCGGCUGCGCGUUCGGCCGGCGAGUUUUUCACAAACUAGCAGUGCAGCCGACGUACCAACUAGUCCUUUAGUGCUACCACCACUCGUUGGUGGCAUGCAGCAAGGUGUUUCGGAUUUUGGAAGAGCCUCAACUGGUCGGGGCCCUCUGUCUAGUGACGCGCCGCCUCCAAGCAAUCGAACCGUCGGAAUAGGCGGAUCCGAAGGGGUACAGAAAGGCGAUGACGAGGGCCAGGACGGCUUUUUCAUAGGUAACAACCUGUUUCUCGCAAAAGGCCUCACAACAGCCGCCGCUUUGGCGGACGAACAACUGACGGGCGCGGCGCCUAGCCGGCUGGGCCCCAGCGGAAACGGCGAAAAUAACCCACUGACGCUGAGACGAACGCUUUCCUGUAUAGAGAUAGACCCGUUUGGAAAAGCACAAGUACGCGUUUACACUCGAGAGGAACUCAUUCGAGAGCUGCGUUCAGAGUCCGUUACCGGGAACACUGCGGUCGACGUGGUCGAGCUUGCCUUCAUCCGAGGCGAUGCCCGCGAAGAGUCGCAAAUGUCUGGCGCGCUGGAUCUGGCGCCGGUGACUGGUGGAAAUCGACGCACCAAGUCAUCAAAAUCGAAGAAGAGGACCAAGUACGGCCCGAUCCAGUCUCGCGAUCUACGGUUGUUGGACCCGGCGUUCAGUGUGGAGCCGGCCUUGCAUGUACGCGAUCACGUCAUUCUCGCGGUUUUCGAUAAUCAUAUCCGAGCUGCAAUCCAGUCGCAUCGCCUGUUUAUUUUUGAUCACGAGUCCAAAAGAGCGCGACGGGCUACUGAGUUCGUUGUGCAACGACUCUCCCGAGUGUCAGCCGAGGAGGCGGUGCCCUUUGAGUUCGUUGCGCUGGAGGCGCUUCUCAUGGCCACUUGUGCGGACAUAGAAUGGAUGAUGAGAAACGUGGAGCCAUUAAUUGAGCGUGAACUAGGAGUUCUUUCAAGAGAUCUGCGACGGAGUAAUAUCGAACGGCUCCGGGUCGAUGAGCGCAGGCUCUCUCUUCUGCUUUCCCGAGCGCGGAAUUUCGAGCACCUGCUCGAGGACAUCCUCGACGAGGACGAGGACAUGAGCCACAUGUACUUGACCGAAAUGCGUUACCAUCCGGAAAAGUAUCGUCUUCCUACCGAUCACGAAGAUGUGGAGCUGUUGCUCGAGAACGCGCUGCAGACGGUGCAGAGUCAGGUUCGUCGAUUGGAGCUGCUCGAUGCCGGCAUCAAUAACCUUGAGGAGAUUCUGGAAAUCAAACUGGAUAUAUCUCAGAAUCGCAUCUGGUCGUUUAAUAUUUUCGUGCACCUUUGCGUGGCGACAUUCUUCUUAGCUGCAAUACCUGCUGAUUUUUUCGGAAUGAACUUGCAAAUACCGCCUGACAAGGAUCCGAAUGUAUUCUGGCCGUGGUUGCUGGUUUUUGGAUUGAAUAUGGGCUUGGCGGUGGCCUUCUUUUCGCUUGCCAUGCUGUUUCUUAAGCGACGACGAUUGCUCUUUGGUCUCUUUAAGCGCCAUCCGAGUGACUAG